AUACUCACCAGGUCUUAAAGUAGAAGAAAAGAAGAGAAGAGCAAGAGAGAAAGAGUGAGAGAGAAUGGCAAGGUGGUCAAUCAUAGUAGUUCUUGCUCUAGCAGCAGUAUUUCAAGUCAUCACUGCUAGAAAUGUGCCUGUGACUCCAAAUGACAAAGGUCUCAAUGACCAAAAGAACUUCAUCACCUACGGCGGAGUCGGUGGCUACAGUGGACUCGGUAGCAAUGGACUGCCAGUCGGCGGAGUCGGAGGCAUAGUCGGUACGACCGGAAACAUUGGAGGAGUCAACGGUAAUGCAGGCAUGGGCGGUGCGGUUGGGUACGGUGGACCCGGCGGCUUGACCGGUGGCGUAUACCCUAUUGGCGGUGUCGGUGGUACAGGUGGUGGUGUUGGUGGUGGUGCUGGUGGUGGCGCUGGUGCUCUUCCAUUUCCUUGAAAGUCAUGCAUGGUAGUGCGUACUACGUAACUUAGGGUUUCGAUGUUUUAGUGUUUGGCAGUUAUAUUUUUAUAAGUUAGUUGUUGUUGUUGUUGUUGUUGUGUGUGAUUUCUGUUUCUUUUUUGAGAGUCUUUGCUUUGUAAUCUUGCUUUCUGAUCAGCUUGUUUUAAUUAUGUUGAAAAAAGAAGAAGGGUAGUACUGUCUGUUAUUUUACGCAUGUACUUCUGUUAAGAAAUGUUUACAACUUCUAUGGAGGUUAGACUCAAAAUGUUUAGGUGUUUUA